AUGCAUCGACUGAUUCAACGUGUGGAGAAAGUGUUCUACACCAUCCUUGCUUUUAUUGGCGUUCCUGUUGAUUUGCUGGCGAUUAUUAUCCUUUCCCGGGGAAAGUGCGGUGUUUCUCCUUGCACUAUUCGCUACCUGGUGGUUAUGGCAGCUGCUGAUCUGAUGAUCAUUAUCACUGAUGUUCCGCUGAGGAGAUUUCGCUAUUAUUAUUACCCACAGUGUUUCCUGGACAUCACUCCUGUGUGUAGUGUUAAUGGGGUCCUGUAUCGUUCAGCCAGGGACUGCUCUGUCUGGUUCACUGUCACUUUCUCCUUUGACCGAUUUGUGACUAUUUGUUGUCAGAAGCUGAAAACAAAUUAUUGCACUGAGAAAACUGCGACUCUGGUUCUAGCAACAACUUGCACCCUGUUCUGUUUGAAAAACAUCCCCUUCUAUUUUCAAUACGAGCCUGGGAAAAAAAUCAACAAUGUGCCAUUCUACUGUUAUAUAAAGUCAAGCUAUUUUAUUGAGACUUGGUGGGUGAUAUUAGAUUGGCUUGAUACAGUUUUAACCCCUUUACUGCCAUUCGCUUUAAUUCUGUUGCUCAAUGCUGUGACAGUCAGACACAUUUUAGUGACCAGUCGAGUGCGGAAGAGGCUGAAGGGUGAGAGCAAAGGAGCGAAUACCAAAGAUCCAGAGAUGGAGAGCAGAAGGAAGUCUGUAAUUUUGCUCUUCUCCAUAUCUGGGAGCUUCAUCCUCCUAUGGUUAAUCUUUGUUCUAAAUUUCUUAUAUUAUGUCAUUCAAGGAAUCAAUCCUGAGGAUUACCAGCAAUUUCUUUAUCACUUCAGAAGAGUUGGUUAUAUGCUGCAGAACCUAAGCUGUUGCACAAACACAUUUAUUUAUGCAGCGACAUUGUCUAUGUUCAGAAGGAAAUUGAGUGAUGCAGUAAAUUAUCUGGUUACAUCAAUUCCUCGCAUUACGAAUAAUUAA